ACGGCCAAGCCAACGGCAACGGGACACACCACCGAGAGACCCCAAUCCCAUGCUGCUCUCCCAGUCUCCAGCCGCUACCCACCCGCAGCUUCCCACCUCCUCCUCCCGCCGCACGCGCCGCUCGGCACAGCCAUGCCCGCGCGGCGCGGCCGCCGAGUCGCUCCUCCCUCGCGGGCUGCGGCCGGAGUCGCUGCCGCGCCACGUGGCGGUGGUGAUGGACGGGAACUCGCGGUGGGCGCGCGCGCGGGGCAUGCCGCCGGCGUUCGGGCACGAGGCCGGGCGGCGCGCGCUGGUGGAGACGGUGCGGCUCUCCCGCGCCUGGGGCAUCCGCGCGCUCACCGCCUUCGCCUUCUCCCACGAGAACUGGAGCCGCCCCAAGGCGGAGGUUGACUUCCUGAUGGGACUUUUCGAGCGGGUGAUCCACGACAGCGUCGCCGAGUUCUUGAGGGACGGAAUUCGUCUACGUGUGAUCGGCGACUGCUCGAGGCUGCCGGCGUCUCUGCGGAGGACGGCAAGGGACGCCGAGGAGGCAACGAGGGACAACUCGCAGCUCGACCUGACGCUGGCGAUCAGCUACAGCGGGCGAAGGGACAUAGUGCAAGCCUGCCGGAGCCUCGCCCAGAAGGUGCGCGGUGAGCUGCUCAGGCCGGAGGACAUCGACGAGUCGCUGUUCGCCGGCGAGCUCGAGACGAGCCGCGGCAGCGAGCUCCCGUGCCCCGACCUGCUCAUCCGGACCAGCGGCGAGCUGCGGCUGAGCAACUUCUUGCUGUGGCAGUCGGCCUACUCGGAGCUCUUCUUCACCGACACCCUGUGGCCGGACUUCGGGGAGGCUGACUACCUCGAAGCGCUGUGCUCCUUCCAGAGCAGAGACAGGCGGUUUGGCCGAAGGAAUUCGUAGCGCAAUACCAAAAGUUGGUGGUUUUAGAAGCUUUAUUAGUGCAUGACUGGUUUUGUAGCCACACUUGAUCAGUAGGUACAUUCGGCAGAUAAGGGCAUUUCUAGCAGAUCUCUUAUAUAGGUAAACUGUCAAAAGUGCUCCUUGUUCCAGUUUACUACUUUUUUUUAGGAAAAUCACUAUUUUGCAGCUA